AGCAGAAGUGAUAGCCCUGUCUCCAAAGACUCUGAUGGCCACAAACCGCUUCUUAUGCGAGAUAUGUGGCAAGGGAUUUCAAAGAGACCAAAACCUUCAGCUUCACCGAAGAGGCCAUAAUCUGCCAUGGAAGCUGAGGCAGAAGAGCAGUAAAGAGCCAAGGAAGAGGGUGUAUGUCUGCCCAGAGAAGACUUGCAUUCACCAUAAUCCCUUGAGGGCGCUCGGAGAUCUCACAGGCAUCAAAAAGCACUUUUGCCGCAAGCAUGGUGAGAAAAAGUGGAAGUGUGAUAAGUGCUCUAAGAGGUAUGCAGUACAGUCGGAUUGGAAGGCUCAUGCGAAGGUUUGCGGCACCAGAGAGUAUCGUUGUGAUUGUGGAACCAUUUUUUCAAGGAGGGACAGCUUUAUAACCCACAGAGCCUUCUGCGACGCGCUAGCCGAAGAAGCCGCAAGGAUCUCUGCUGCUUCCAACAUAAACAAUCCUGCUUCCAUGACCAAUAUAAUGAAUUACCCAUACUUCAAUGAAAAUCUUACAAGACCAAAUUUACAACCACUCCCUGCCUCUGGACUCUCUUUCUGGAUGAACCAAGAUACAAACGAAGGCAUGGUCUUGCCAAAUCUCUCCCCAUUUAACUCUGCUUUCCUGUCCUGCUCAAACUCAGAGCAACUUGACUGUCAGCUGAAUUGGAUUUAUAAUGAAAGCAAACUACCCGAUCAAAAUCUUUCUUUUAAGGAUUCAUGCAACAAUUCUUCUCUUGGAAGCAUGCCGUUUCUAUUUAGCACUCAACAAGAGCGCCGGAUGAUGCCAGAGCAGGCACCAGAGAUGUCGGCCACCACUUUGUUGCAGAAAGCGGCGCAAAUGGGCGUGGUAUCGAGCGGCGGUCCUUCGGUUUUAGCGGGCUUGGACAUGAAGUCUAGCUUGGUCGGAGAGUUACUAGAGGGAAGCCAUUACAGUAUUCAGAUGUAUGAUAUUGGAGGAGGAAGAGAUGGUGGAGGAGAGAUUACGCGAGAUUUUUUAGGGGUUGGAGUUCAGGCUCUUUGCCCAUCUUCUGUAACUGGAUGGAUUUAAGCCAUGCUUGUUUUGAAUUUCUUAUGAAAGUGAAGUUGGGAGGAGAAGCGUGAUAACUUUGCCGGAAUGAGAAAAGGUGGAGUUUUUGGUUAUUGAAAGGUGAUUCGGUGUUUUAAUUAGGGUUUGUGAGGAUUUAGAUUUAGGAGUAGGAGAUAUAUGAAUAUUCAUUCUGUCGUGCGUGUCUCAAACAAAAAGAUCACUUUUUGAGAAUGGUUUUUGUCAUUGUGAUGUGGAAAGUCGAGGGAGCGGAGAAGGGAAGGAGGGAGAAUAUAUCCUUCUUUUUUUAUUUCACCAUUGUGGAUUUUCUUGACUUUCAAAUACUAGCAGGUUUAAUGCUCUUAUAAGAGGUCCUUUGCAUCAUUAUCAAGUUGGUAGAAAGAAAAACAUUUAUUUGGGGACAUGAAGAGAGGAAGAUUCUCAGAAUUUAAGAUGGGGUAUUAUAUCUUUUUAAGAUAGUUAGUUAUUAAGGGUAUGUUUGAGACAAUUUUAUGUUUGGUUUAUA